AUGGCUCGAUUAACAUCCGACAUGGUCUCUGCAAGAACCAAACAAUGCGAUAUUGGUUCCGUGAAAAAACUCAAUUGCUGGGGCACCGAAUUGGAGGACGUAUCGAUUUUAAGAAGUAUGCCAUCCGUGGAAAUCUUGGCUCUGAGCAUCAACAAAAUAUCAAGGUUGAUUGAUUUCGAGGAAUGCUGGAAUCUGCAAGAACUGUACUUAAGACAAAACAAAAUAGCGGAUCUGAAUGAGCUGUGUUAUUUGCAAAAUUUGCCAAAACUUAAAAAACUUUGGCUCGAGGAGAAUCCUUGUGCUCAAUUGCCAAAUUAUAGAUUAAUCGUGUUGAGGACGCUGCCUAAUCUUGUAUCUUUGGAUAAUGUGCCUUUUUCAGAAGAAGAGAUCCAAGCAGCCUCCAGAUCCAAGGAUCACUACGAGAUAGAAGAGCAAGUAUCAGAACCUGAAAGCAAUCAUUAUGAAGAAAGCGAAGAAGAACAACCUGAAUAUGUGGCACAUCACCCACAGCAACAAACCUACAACAAUCAAUAUCAGACCAGGAAUCGUCCUGCCGAUACCCGACCUGUUCGUCCUCAAUCAGUAAACAUGUCUGCCAGUGCAAGUCGUCAGAGGUUGGCCAGGUCGCCAGGCGAUUCAGAAAGCAGUAGUCCAAGUCCUAGAACUAGUCCCAGAAUGGAAACACCAGAAGAACCAGGCUACCAGAACUGGAGAAAACAUGAAACUGCAAGCCAAUGGAGUACGAACUCGGAACACUACAGGCCUCAUGAUCCAGCAUUGAGUGUCACAAACCAGGUUAUUGGAAAUCAUCUAAAAGGUUUUCAGAGGAGGCCAGUGGCUAGAAAUUCUAAUUUGCUGUCUGCAGUACUUUGCUUAGUCAAGGAGUUGGACUACCAAAGUUUAGAAGUUUUGGAGUUGGCAGUUAGGUGCAGAAUGGAUGAGAUAGCGCAGCAAUGAC